GUUUGCGCCACGCUUGGCGUCCCUUGCGCUUUGCUCGCGGCGCUGUAUGUGUCAAGGAGCAAUGGCGACCAACGGUGAUAUCGAGAAGGUGGGAGUGCUCGUGAUUGGCAGCGGGCCCACCGGGCUGGGCGCAGCCACCCGCCUGCACCAGCUGGGGCACCCCUCAUGGCUGCUGGUGGAUCAGGCGGCCGAGGCGGGCGGCCUCGCGUGCACCGACGUCACCCCCGAGGGCUUCCUCUUUGACAUGGGCGGCCACGUCAUCUUCUCCCACUACCAAUACUUUGACGACCUGCUGGACACGGCCAUCGGGGCUGGCGACGAGGCGUGGAACACGCUGGAGCGGGUGUCGUAUGUGUGGCUGAAGAACCGCUGGGUGGCCUACCCCUUCCAGAACAACAUCUCGGCGCUGGACAAGGAGGACCAGAUCAAGUGCCUGACGGGCGUGGUGGAGGCCAAGGUGCUCAACACCACGGCGCAGGGCAAGCCCCGCAACUUUGACGAGUGGAUCAUGCGGGUUAUGGGGCCCGGCAUCGCAGACAUCUUCAUGCGCCCAUACAACUUCAAGGUGUGGGCGGUGCCCACCACGCUCAUGCAGUGCGACUGGCUGGGUGAGCGGGUGGCCACGGUGGAUGUGGACCGCGCCAUCGCCAACGUAAUCAACAACAAGGAGGAUGCGGGGUGGGGACCCAACGCGGUGUUCAGGUUCCCGCUGGAGGGCGGCACCGGCGGCAUCUGGAAGGGCGUGGCCGGGCUGCUGCCCGCGGAGCGCCAGCGCUACGGCGCCAGCGUGGUGUCGCUGGACCAGGAGGGGCAGGUGGCCACUUUUGAGGACGGGCGCAAGGUCGCCUACGACGCCCUCAUCUCCACCAUCCCGCUGGACAUCACCCUGCGCUGGCUGGGCAAGGACGAGUGGGCCGACGGCCUGGAGCACUCCUCCUCACACAUCAUCGGCAUCGGCAUCCGCGGGCGCUGCCCCCACGGCCUCAAGUGCUGGCUGUACUUCCCGGAGGACGACUGCCCCUUCUACCGCACCACCGUGUUCAGCCACUACGCCAAGAAGAACUGCCCCGCAGACGACGCCAAGCUGCCUACGCUGUGUAAGGCCGACGGCAGCGACCCGGAGCCCGGCAGCGAGGAGGCCAAGGAGGGGCCUUACUGGUCGCUGAUGUUCGAGGUCAGCGAGAGCAACAUGAAGCCGGUGAACCAGGGAGACGUGACGCUGGGCGGCACCGCGGGCACCUGGUCUGAGGUGGUGCGCGACACGCUGCUGGGCGCCAUCUCCACGCAGCUGGUGCAGCCCGGCGACGAGAUUGUGUCGAUCUACCACCGCCGCCUGGAGCACGGCUACCCCACGCCCAGCCUGGGCCGCGACGGCGUGCUGAAGCAGGCGUUGCCCUGGCUGCGCAAGAGCAACAUCUGGUCGCGCGGCAGGUUUGGCAGCUACAAGUACGAGGUGGCCAACCAGGACCACUCGCUGAUGCUGGGGGUGGAGUGCGUGGACAACAUCCUCUUCGGCAGCCAGGAGCUGACGCUGGAGUUCCCCAACGUCGUCAACCCCCGCAAGAACAUGGAGCUCAAGUACACCACCCCAGGCGUGAUGCCCGGCCUGCUGAAGGGCGCCAGGCCUGUGAGCGUGAGCGAGGCGCCGCUCACCAACUGAGCCCUGCGUGCCGCCCUCUCCUGACCGGCAGCUCUGCCGCAUAAUGCCAUUGGCACUCGGCACUUACUUUGCGCCUCCCUGCCUCUCUGCCAGCACUUGGGCUGGACCCUCUAGCUAGCCAGCCUCUUCUCCCGCCAGGCCCCCCACACCUCAGCCUCAGUAGAAGGCCCUAGGCAGCUUCUGCUUGCUGCUCCCGUCUGUCUCUCCCUGGGUGCGCCGGUCAAUUGUGUGCAGCCCGCCACCCCGCUGCUUCACUCCUCGCCUUCCCUCCUUUCCUUCCUCCCGUCCUCUUCUUCUUCCUUCUUCGGACAACGCAUUUUGUUCUGCAUCUUUGGACACAUACCUUGUACUGGCGUUACUAGCCACCCUGUAAACACUGCACAAUC